AUGCCACAAACCCCCCACCUCCCCCCCGAGCUCCUCGAGCACAUAAUUCAUUUCUCGAUCCGCGCAGGGUCACUCAAGGAAGCUCUGAGACUACGCCUCCAAGGAGAUUUCAAAACGCUAGUAGAGCAGAACAUGUUCCGGACGCGCUUCCUCGAUGAUUCCGUGAGGGCGUUGCGGGCGCAGGGUCCGGCGUUUGGGGAGCCUGAUUUGGGGUUCUUGAAGAGAUAUCUGGCGUUUUGUGUUAAUGCUGGGCAUGAGGUGACCACCUAA